CCUGUCCACUAACGUGUCGUUGUUUUUUAAUCGUUGAAAAACUUUGAGCCACGCUCCAGUCCACGAGGUGGCGGUAACGUCUGCUGCCAGCGACCGAAGAAGAGGGAGCUGCGCCGUGUCUGCGCAUGCGCCGAGCCUCAGCAGUAUUAUUUCCAGAGUCGUCUUCGAUAUUUUUGUGUGUUUUUUAUUUCAUGUCACGGUGGAUUUUGUUGUCGCGGCGUCGCGCUUUGUGUCGUCACCGAGGGAACAUGUGUUAGCGUCGAAGCAGCGCGCGCGCACACUCAGACACGCACACACACACACACACACACACACACACAGUGUCUCUGGACCAAAGCAACUAUGUCGACGAAUAAAACAAAGAAAGUCAAAAUGGCCACGAAAUCUUGUCCUGAAUGUGACCAACAGAUUCCAGUUGCGUGUAAGUCGUGUCCGUGUGGAUUUGUGUUCAUCAGCAGGAAACUCCUCAACGCCAAGAUAAACGAACGCUCUCCCGCCAUCGCAGAGAAACUGGAUUUAAAGCGAAGAAGAACCGAGCGCAUUCGCAGGGAGAGGAUCGACUCUCCUUUGACCAGUGACAUGGAGAACAGGAGGAGACCUCGCACCCACAGCCAAUCAGAUCCUAUCCGCAGGGGGCGGGGCAGACCCAAAUCAGCUGGCCUGAAGAAACAGGAAGAGGAGAAAGAGAAACAGGAAAAGGAAGUGGACGUUUACGCCGCUCUCUCCGAUGAAAAGGCCUUUGUGUUUUCUGUGGCUUUGGCCGAGAUCAACCGCAAGAUCCUGGGUCAGAAACUCAUCCUUUAGACCUGAACCAGGACCAGUGAGGGUCUGUGAGAGGAAACCAACCAAAGAGACCAGCGCAGACCUGGAUCUGUGACGGACUUAAAGGAUUAAAGUACAUUUAAUCCCUGCUACGUAACUGUAAACUCUCCCUGAUCUAAUCUCGACCAAUAUUUAGUCAAAGAUAUCGUUAUUCAUCAUGACGUUCACCUGUGGCUCCGCCUCCCCCGCGGCUUCACUCAGGCCGAGCUAACGGCUAAGCUAACAGGUGAGUCAACAGACGUGUUCGCGGUUCAGUUCCAGGUUUCUCAAACGUUCUCAUUUACACAAAAAUCACAUUUACACUGAGUUUGAAUGGUUAAAAAUAACCCGUUCAAACUGAUGAAUGGGUUAUCAAGUAAUUGUUUUAAUUCAUUUACCAAACAUUUCUUGGCAAUGACCUGUUGUGAUGUUUCCUUACGCACAAAUAUGCUCAGUUUUAAAGUCCAGAUUUAGCUCCAGAUUAGGGCUGGUGAUGACUCAUAUUUGGGUCAUUUUGUUGAUCAAACGUGGAAAUGACAACGUUCUCAAACGUCUUGUUUUUGUCCCCAAACUAAAAAUAGGAAAUGUUCACAUUUAAAAAGCUGAAAAUGACAGAACGUGACGAACGGUUGCAACCCCUCGUCACAAUAGUUCCAUCUGUAAGGAAAGUUUCCAGGUAAAGAAAGUUUGGGAAACUCGGGUUUAUUUCACGCUGCAGUGAACAAAAACAGAACGACCGUACGUCACAUUUUAGUCCCUGAAUGCGUCACAGCUUAUUAUUAUGUAACAUGUCAGCCAUGAUUGUAUCUUACGUUUGUUAAAAACAUCAUUAGGUCAAUAAAGUUUUCUUGAAUAAA